CAACCCCAAGAACAGAGUUGAUCCACGCCACAGCCACCAUCCGUUUCUGGCUGUAUCUCAUACAUCUUCUACGUCACUUCAUCUAGAAAAUUGCUCUUUUGGCCAUCGAAUAGCUCUUCUAACCGGUUCAAACUUCCCUUGUAAACUCCAAAGGUAGCGUGUAGCAAUCUGCGCCCAGUCUCUGUUUCACGUCGACGGACUACUCGUUACGAACACCUUUACUUUAUCCAAAAACGCACAUAGGCAUCACACGACGACGCGUCAACUCGUGCUCUGCGCGACCCCACUUUCCAACCACUUUACGCGCGACAACCCCCGUCUUGCGUACGUAUUACAUAAAUAGGCUCGUUGACCGCCGGGACCAUGGGUGCUUCAUUGACGAAGCUAUGGAGCAUGUGGUGGUCGAAGAAGGAGAUUCGGAUCUUAAUUCUAGGACUGGAUAACGCAGGAAAGACGACAUUACUGUAUAGGUUGAAGAUUGGUGAAGUUGUCACUACGAUACCCACCAUCGGCUUCAACGUCGAGUCGGUCAAGUAUGGCCCCCUCAACCUGAACGUCUGGGAUCUCGGCGGCCAAACGUCCAUCCGUCCGUACUGGCGCUGCUACUACGCCAACACGGCUGCCGUCAUCUUUGUCGUCGACUCCACCGAUCUGGACCGCUUAUCCACGGCUGCGGAGGAGCUGGCCGCUAUGCUCGCCGAGGAGGAGUUGAGAGACGCGAACCUGCUCGUGUUUGCGAACAAGCAGGACCAGCCGGGCGCGAAGGGCGCCGGUGAGAUCAGCGAAGCGCUUAGGCUGGCUGAGCUGAGAGAUCGAAACUGGAGCAUCGUGGGGUGCAGCGCCAUCGACGGGCGGGGUGUUAACGAAGGGAUGGACUGGCUUGUGCAAACCGUAGGGGCGGAUAACUAGAAAGAGAUGCUUACAUUCAACUUGCACAUAUAUGUAUAAAACUUUUCUCCCCGCUAAGAGAAGGAACGUGCGAGAGUCGCUGUGGGUGACGAAAGAGAAAUGCAGAGAGUUCGAGGUGGCCGUGCCUUCAUGGACAGGGUGACACACGACCAGUUCUGUCUCAUGACCCCGCCGCGAACCAUCGUUUUCAUUCACAACUGUCUUUCGUGCGCGGAACGGCUGCCGAGUGUGAAACAGGGCUCGAUCUGGGAAGAAAGAGCGUGGGAACGGCACGAUGGGCGAGCAAAGUGAACUAGAUCUCCACGAACAUACCCCGUGAAUCUGCAUUUGGGCGUCUGGGCAUUCAUUCAUCUGCUUGGGUCGGGAGGGUUCUGCUCUGAGUUUGCAUCCUAUAGACGAAUCAGGGGCUUGGGAGAAGCCUUCAUUGGUCAAUCAAAAGCGUUUCAGGCAUUUUUGCGAUUAUACGGAGGAUUUGCCCAUAAAGUAGUACACACCCUGGCGUUUGGCGCGCUAGAUCUAUGGCUGAGCCAUCUUGAGAAAUCUCUCUCUCUUUUUGUUUGGUAAUCGUUUGAAUUUUAAAACCUCUAUAUUGGCCGUUGAUCUAUGCUUGUUUCAAUACCAGGCCAUGAUUCUUUCACAGAA